AUGCCCCCCUCCACCAACCACACAGACCUCGACAUCGAGAAGCAGCAUGCAGCCGGUGCACACGGCCCGCCGCAGCGCUCGACGACGCGCUCCGUGCUGCUCAUCAUCACCUGCACAUUCGCCAUGCUCGUCAACUCCUCCAACAACACCUCCGUCGCCAUCGCCCUCCCCACCAUCGGCGCAGCCCUCAACAUCCAAGAAGCCCAGCUCCAGUGGCUCGUCUCCGCCUAUUCCCUCUCCUCGGGCUGCCUCCUCAUCCUCUUCGGCCGCCUCGCUGAUCUCCACGGCCGCAAGCGUACUUUCCUUGCAGGCAGCAUCUGGCUCGCGGCCUGGACCCUCGGCUGCGGCUUUGCGCAAACAGAGAUCGAGCUCGAUGUGCUGAGAGGCCUCCAGGGUGUCGGUGUCGCUGCGACCAUUCCCGCGUCGCUGGGUAUUCUGGCACACGCAUUCCCCCCAGGUACACUGCGCUCUAUCGCGUUCGCAACCUUCGCAGCUGGCGCCCCCCUCGGCGCAUUCACAGGCAUGGCUCUCGGCGCUGUCAUGACGCAGCUCUCCGCCCCGACCUGGCGCUCCAACUUCUUCCUCUCCACCGGCCUCACCGUCCUCUACACCGCCCUCGGCUGGUACGCAAUCGACGACGACGAACCUUCCUCUGCGCAGCGUGGCGAUAACAGGUCAAAAUGGAGUUUCCUGCGCUUCACCCGCUCGACCCGCGACGCGAAUAGUGCGGACGAAAAGCCCCCCCAGGUCUUUCAGCCCCCAAUCCUCCAAGACGGCGAGGAGGAAGACAGACGUGUUGACUGGCUCGGCGCGUUCCUCGUCACCGCCGGCCUCGUCCUCGUCGUCUUUGUCCUCUCCGACGGCGAGGUCGCCCCGCGCCAGUGGGCCACCGCAUACAUUAUUGCGCUGCUGAUAAUCGGGUGCCUCUUCUUGGGCGUGUUCAUGGCAUGGCAACAUUUCCUCGAGGCGCACCAGCUCAAGCAUCAGCUGCACGCGCGCGAUCGAACGCAAGAUCGGCUCGGCCCAUACCCACCUCCCCUCAUUCCCCCCGCCCUCUGGACUCGCUCCGCCUACCGUCUCACCGCCGUCAUGCUCGUCGCCCUCCUCACCUGGGCGUCGUUCUUGGGAUGGAACUUCUGGACCCAACUGUAUUACCAGCAGUAUGAGGGCUUGAGUCCCGUCGGCGGGAUGUUGAGGAUGUUCCCUAUGUUCGUAACAGGCAUCAUAUGCAAUAUCAUCGUGGUGAUGAUCGUCGCACGCAUCCCGGUCGUGUACAUCCUCGCCUCCGGCACCCUCAUAACCGCCUGCGCCUCCAUCUUCUUCGCCCUCAUCCCCUCCACGACCACCUCCACCACCUACUGGGCCUACGGCUUCCCCUCCGCCAUCUUCUCCGUCUUCGGCGCGGACUUUGUCUUCGCCGCCGGCACCAUCUUCGUCGCGCGCGUCGUAAAGCCCGAGGAGCAGAGCCUCGCGGGCGGGCUCUUCCAAACGAUGACGCAGUUGGGCACUGCCCUCGGCGUGACCGUCACCACCAUCGUCUUCAACCGCGUCGUCGCACAGGACGCCCGACGCCUCGGCCUCGACCCCGCCUCGAACUCACCGCAGGGCGGCGUGCCGGACCACUCGGAGCCGAUGCUCGCGGGGUACCGCGCGGCGCAGUGGACGGCGUUCGCGUUUGGAGCUGUUGCGACGCUCGUGACGGUCGCGACGAUGUCGGGCGUCGGGAUUGUGGGCGACCGCAAGGGCGCUUCAUCCUCAUCCUCAUCGUCCUCUCCUUCCUCUCCCGCCCCUUCAAACCCGUCUUCAAACCCUCACCCUCCUUCGAACUCGAAGGAUCCCCGCUCAGAUGGUGUGAAAGACGAGGAAGGGGAGGUAGAGGGGGUGAAUGAAGAGGGGGAGGUGGGGUCGCAGACGGAGACUGUCGUACCAGGACAUUCGGCGCCUGUUUCGCGGGCGGUGUCAAGGGAGCAUGCGCAUGCGCAUUUGGGUUCGCAUUUGGAGCAAGAUGAUGCGAGUGCGGGGAGGGUGGUAUAG